CAAAAGCAACUUCUUUAGAAGAUUCGCGAUGAGUCGACAUCUGAGAGCUUUCUCUCCACCUCAUCUCUCUCCGCCGCCUACUCCGCGCCCCAUGGCGGCCGCCCCGAGAGCCCUCGCGCUCUCGCGUUCCCGCCAACACCACCACCACUCCCCGCUCUUCCCGCCACCCCAGCGCCCUGCCCUCUUCUCUUAUCCCCGCCUCCUCCCCCUCCGACGCACUCCCAUCCACCGGCGAAACCCUAGCCUCCUCCUCCUCCCCCUCUCCCCCUCCGAGCCCCUGCUCUGCUGCGUCGUCUCCGGCGGCGGCGGAGGCGGAGGCCUCGCCGACGAGUUCGUCUCCCUCCGGCGACAGGGCGGCGGCGCCGCCUCCCGCCGCGAGUUCGCGGCGCUGCGCGACGUGCUCCUCCGCAUCGAGCCCCUCGACACCGCCGUCGUGGGGAAGGGCGUGUCGGCCCCCGCUAGGGAUUCGAUGAAGCGCACCAUCUCGGACAUGCUCGGAUUGCUCCCAUCCGCUCAGUUCGAUAUCUGGAUUAGGGUUUCUAAGGAGCGGCUUCACGACAUCCUCCGCUCUUCCAUCAUCACCGGGUAUACGUUGUGGAAUGCGGAGUAUAGGAUGUUAUUGACUAAGAAUUUUGAGAGCUCUAAUGGGAGUAGGGAAGCGACGGCUGGUUCUGGUGAUAGUUUUGUAGCGCCGGAUCCGGCGAACAAAGAUAGGAAAGGAGCGAAAGAGCUUCAAGAUGCUUACAGUGGUGAUGAGUUGAUCUCACGUGAGAGUCUCGGAGAUUUGUCUCCGGCUGCUUUAAGCUACAUAAAACAGUUAGAGUCAGAAUUGGUUAGUGUUGAGAAGGAGUUAGGUGCGCAAAAUAAGGAGAAGAUGAAGCUGGAACGAAGCAAAGAAAACAACAAUGACCUAUUGAAGUAUUUGAGGUCAUUGCAUCCUGAAAUGGUCUGUGAAUUAUCUCAACCUUCAUCCGUAGAGAUUGAAGAGAUUAUUCGACGGCUUGUUCAGUGUACAUUACAAAAAACCUUUGACGGCGGUGAUCAAAGGCUGUCGCAAUAUUCAAGCAUAUUAAAAGCCGGCAGUGACCAUAGCUGUUUUGUCAAUCAGAGUAUGGUUUGCACUUCGCGGGAUCAUCUUGCAAAACUUCUGUAUUGGUGUAUGCUACUGGGCCAUCAUUUGAGAGGUUUAGAAUACAGGCUGCAACUGAGUUGUGUCGUUGGGUUAGUGUGAAGAGGCAAGAAGAAGCGGUAUCCUUCAGAACCAUUAAGCCUGUAUAAGUUUUUCGCUUCCUACUCCAUUUUGCCUGUAUAAAUUUCGAUGAGAAAUGCUAUCUAUUAAUUAUUUAUUAGUUCUUUUUCCCCUUUUUGUAAAAUCUAAUCAUCAAUAAAAUGAUUAAAUGCUUCAGAUUAGGUUAGAAUUUGCUGAUCAUUCUAGUUAGGAAGCAUCUGCGAGUAUCUCGAGAAUUUUAUUAUUAGGAAGCAAUACCUUUCAAUGCUGAAUUAUUGUUUUCACUCCAGUUAUACUUCUUUGGCUUUGGAAGUAAUAAUAUAAUAUUUAACGUCAUGUUAAUUCUAGAAA